GAAAAAUGUGAGGACCAGAAUCUGCAGGGCCUCAAAGACAAGUCCCCGAAGGCCAAAAAGAUGAAGAAGGAGAAGCAGAGGGAAGCCGAGCCGGCUGAGGCGGGCAAGGCGGAGACGUCCGAAGGAGCGGGGGCCGCCCCCGCCGCCCCCGAGGCCUCGGCCUCUCCCAAGCAGCGGCGCUCCAUCAUCCGGGACCGCGGCCCCAUGUACGACGACCCCACGCUGCCCGAGGGCUGGACGCGCAAGCUGAAGCAGAGGAAGUCGGGCCGCUCGGCGGGAAAGUACGACGUCUACCUGAUCAACCCCCAGGGUAAGGCCUUCCGCUCCAAGGUGGAGCUUAUCGCUUACUUCGAAAAGGUAGGGGACACCUCCCUGGACCCCAACGAUUUCGACUUCACGGUGACGGGCCGGGGCAGCCCCUCGCGGCGAGAGCAGAGGCCCCCCAAGAAGGCCAAAGCCCAGAAGGGCCCCGGGACGGGGCGUGGGCGGGGCAGGCCCAAGGGCAGCGGCUCGGCCCGGCCAAAGGCGGCUGCCUCGGAGGGCGUGCAGGUCAAGCGGGUGAUCGAGAAGAGCUCCGGCAAGCUGCUGGUCAAGAUGCCGUUCCAGCCGGGGCCGCCGGGGGGCGCUGGAGGGCCGGGGGGCUCGGCUACCACCUCGGCGGCCCCGGGGGCGGGCGGGCGGCGGCCCGGGCGCAAGCGGAAGUCGGAGUCGGACCCCCAGACGCUGCCCAAGAAGCGGGGGCGCAAGCCGGGGGCGGCGGCGGGGCCCGUGGGGCCGGUGGUGGCCGAGGCCAAGAAGAAGGUGGUGAAGGAGCCGUCCUUCCAGGCCGUGCAGGAGACGGUGCUGCCCAUCAAGAAGCGCAAGACCCGCGAGGCCGUGGCCCUGGAGGUUGCCCCACCGCCCCCCGAGCGCAGCCCCAAGGGACCCCGUCCCGGGCGCCGGAGCAAGGAGAGCAGCCCCAAGGGGCGAGGGGGCAACGCCGCCCCCGCCCCCCCCCCCCCCAGCCGGAAGGAGCCACAGCCGCCGCCCCCGCCGCACCAGCCGCCCCCCGAGCCUCUGGCCCGGCCCCCCGCCAGCCCCAAGGACAGCGUGAGCCCCCCCGAGGCUCAGGACUUGAGCAGCAAGGGGCAGCCGGAGAGCGACGGCUGCCCCAAGGAGCCGCCUAAGACUCAGCCGCCCGCUGUGCUCUACAAACACCGAGGGGAAGGGGAGCGCAAAGACGCUGUCUCCACCUCCUCCUCGGCGCCCCCGCCCGCCGCCCUGCCCCGGCCCAGCAGCAGAGACGAGGCGGUGGAUACCAGGACGCCUGUCUCGGAGCGCGUCAGCUGACUUUGGGCGGCCCACGGCUAGCGGGAUGGACGGACAGACAGACACACACACACACACCCCCCAAGACGAGAGGCAGCUGCUCCCGGGUAGGGCUCCGGCAAAGCACCUCCCCAGCCCCACGGCGCCCCCUGGCUUCCACCCCCCCUCCACUUCUCCCCCCUCCCCGUUUUUAAUACCAAGAAGCACAGUGAGGGGUGUGGACCCCCCCGGGUUGGAAGCCACUUUGCACUUUUUCUAUAAGAGAGGGGUGCCCCCCCCAGCUCCUUCCUCGAUGCUUUGCUGCGUAUACUACUGACCAGGCCAGCUGUUUGGGGGGGCUGCCCCCCCCAGCUCCUGAACACCCCCACCGGGCGGGAUGAAGGGGGGGACCGUGUGUGUAGAGCCCCCUCUCCCUCUCCAGUGCCAUGUAACGUCGUCGUCUGUUCUUCAGUAUCGAUCCGUGUUCGUUUUGGUAGGGCCCACGUAGUGUGUGAGAGUGAGGGGGAACCAGCCCCUCUCCCCCAGACUCCGAACAAAGCAGGGGGCUCAGAGCCUGUUCCUCCCGCAGGGUGGGGGAGCCGGGCCGGAGGGGCCGAGGAACGACAACGUUCUUCCACUUCUUUCUCAACGUUACUAGCUUAGGAAACCAUUUGCA